AUGGUGACGACGAAAUGCGGCCAUAUUUUCUGUUCUGCCUGCGCGAGCGUCGUCUUCAAGCGGGGUCGCGCACCAUGUCCCGUAUGCCGCAAACCGCACACUCACGGUCAGCUGAUCCGACUGUUCCCCGAGUGGGAAUCGUCAGAGGACGAGGACGAUGGCAAGGACGACAGCGAGGACGAGUACGAGUACGACAACGACGGAGCUCCAAUUCACAGCGACACCAGAGUCGACCAUGCGCCCGUUCCUAUCCAUCCUGCCAUCACUCAUCCCGAACCUGUGCCCGUUCCAGUCCACCCUGUCAUCACCCAUCCCGAACCUGCGCCCGUCCAAUAUGUCCCUGAUGUCUACGUACCCCUGGGCGACCACUCGGAAUUCCCAUGGCGGCUUGCUGGAGAAGUCCCAGCAUGGGAUGGGGACGGGACACCUCUCUACCUCGGCACCACGCUGUUUAAUGGCGGCUGGCACCCCUGCAAGAUCAUGCCGUACAAUUCCAUUAAGGCGAGGGUCUCCUAUGGAGGGAAGGAGUACGAGAACAUAGGGAUCUGCCAUCUUCUCCCCUUCAACGCUGCGACAAUGGAAUGGGUCCCGACGAGUUGUGGUCUUCUGCCGUACGGAAGGCGCGCCAUAGAAGGAGGAUACGAAGAGAUAGGCGGAGAGAUGUUCUACCAUGCGCUGGCUGUGGUGGCCGGAGUGAAAGUCCCAGGAAAAGCUGGUCCUCACCUUGUAAGUGGCGUCGAACUUUGA